GGCCGCGAUGCAGCCCGCCACCUGGGACACGGGCUGCGACGUGGAGGACAGCGCCGCGGACAGCAGGACGGUGACCUCGAGGAAGUCUUUCAUCGCCCUCAUCGUGGCGGGCCGGCUAUACGCGGCGGACGACACGCGCGCGCCCUCGCGUGCGGCGGGCGUUUUGGCGGUGGACUUCGCCUGAUGCGAGCGAGCUAAUGGCCAUCCUUUCAGUCCAGGCGCGGAAGCGUCCGGGGUGUCUGAGGUGACGGCGCAAGAUCAAUGAUCGGGAGUGAGAUCUCAUUGUGGCACCAGCACUACGCUGCUGCGGACGCCUGCGAGCUAGGCCGCCCGCACCGCGUCGUCCUGUCCACCCUGUGCCUGGCAAUGCACCCGGUGGAGAUGGCGGCCGUGGCGGGGGUCCUGCUGGUCUCGGCCGUGCUGAACGCCGUCCUGGCCGUGGCCUACGAGUCCGUGGACACCGUGCCGGACUACGCCUCGUUCGGCCCGCUGUGGUCCGCCUACGUCCUCUCCAGCGACGGGACUCCCCGCAUCGACUUGAGCGCGUGGCGCCGGGACUUCAACCCUCUGCUGGACCUGGACCCGGUGAGAGCGCGGUGGAGAAACUAUUCAAAAACCUGCUACUUCGAAAAUCCCCAUCAAAGGUACCUGGUUUAGGGUAACCUAAGACCCCUAUGACCUAGGGUUGGUCGAUUCGAUUCCGAUUCGAAUCGAAAAUCGAUUCCCCGCGUCGAUUUUCGAUUCGAAUCGGAAUCGAUUACGCGCAUCACGAGAAUCGAAAGAAUCGAUUCUCAGCGUCGAUUUUCGAUUCUUAAAAAUUUGCCUGAUUUUGAAUCUCCGCGCGCCUCUUGGGCCAGCCA